AUGUGGCUUAAGGGUAUCGACAGUCUACGCCCCGACGACGUGAACAUUAUCCCAUUCGACACCAUCACCACCCAGGCACAAGAUGACUCCUUUUGCGGUUUACCCCUCAUUUCGCCACCGCCAGUUUUGUCACCGGGAGAAUUCAAUCAGAUCUUCCCGAACCUAUCGUGCAUUGCACCAUCAGCCUUGAGACAGACCGAAACCCUGAAGACCGCGGAAGAAUAUAUCUCCUUGGAUAUAAAAACACAACCCACCGGUCCGGAUAAGGAUAGAGAAAGCUCCAUCGCUUCUAUCGAAUAUACUAAGCCGAAGCCUGAACAGAUAAAUGGCAGCCUCCCCUCCAAUACCGAAUCAACCAUGCAACCAUCAAAACUAUCAAUGCCCAUUACCCAUCGUGAACUGCUGCUCAAACGUAAUCGUCAAGCAGCAAAACGAUGCCGUCAAAAAAGAAAACUGCAGAACCAGCAGGACGAAUCGACUCUGAAAAUGCAAGCCACUAGGAAUAAGGAACUGUUGGCUGGCACCAAAAGGUUACAAUAUGAGGUGUUGGAUCUGCGACUUGAAAUACUCAAGCAUUCACAGUGUGAGGGGUACAUCAAGCGGUACGUGGAGCAGAUGACGGGAAGGGUCCUGCGCGAAGAUACUGCAAGUGAUGUUCAACAACAGGCAACAACAGGCAACUAA